AUGGAUUUCGUUCCAUCGAACCUGAAGACCGUUGCCCGUUAUUUCGCUGUUCGGAUACUUGCAAGUGGGUUAUUUUCUCCAAAUACCCGCUACGGACCGACAAAGUUUCCCUUAUUCGACGUUACACGCACGUUUCGAUUUGGGGAUCGAAUCGAUAUUAUUGAGAAGCAGCAGCUGAAUAAUUUUGCGCUGUCAUCGAUUACGGAUUUUUCAUCGCUCUCACGCAAAAGCGUGCCUGCACGCGUUUAUGCGAUAACAACAGAAAAUGUGUCAAACAGCUCUGCUGCCAAGGAAAUUAUAGCGAAGCAGUGUGAAACGGCCAAAGCCGAUACUGCUAAAUUUAGUUUUGAUAUAGACAUCGACAAGAUAAUUUCUCGAAUUUUUUCGGGAAAGGAGAGCGGCAGCAUCAAUGGGCGCAGGGCGGAGAAAUCCGAAAUAAGUGUAGCGGCACAGCAGAAUGCUGUUACCAGUUGUCCUCCAUUCGCUGCUGUGCCCCCUUCAAAUGGUGUCACGAGCGGAGGAAGCAGGGCGGACAUAUCCGAGCACAUUUGUAGUGUGCGUCAGCAUAAUGCUGUUUCCUGCAGCAGCAUACAGGUUCCUUCCAUAAUUUGUCAGCCGGUGGCUGUAAUGAAGAAACGGGUUCGCUCCUCGACACGCAUUGCCCCCGGUAAAGGCAGUAAGAGCAGCAGCAUGGACUAUUGCUACCUUCGACGAUGGGGUGCAGAACCGCGCUCGUUGUUGUACAACGGUGGCUGGAUCGUUGCAGCACUUGCUGAUGGUUACUGCAUUCUGCAGUGCACCCUGCGCAUUUACGCGACAAAUGUUCCAGAUCCACCGCAACCGCUGGUACACCAUGGAAAACAGCUUGUACGCUGCGAAGGGUAGACCGGUGUAACCGGGCGGCUCAUAACGCCACGCCACUUCCGGUCGGAUACGCUACGCCUCGUACCUUGUACGACAUGACGUUCUUGUGCAUGCUAGGCGUACACAUGAAUUUGCUCGCACUUAAUGCGGCGGUUUGCGUAAUU